AUUUAGUUCGCGCCUAAUUGGAAGUCAGCUGUGAAACACUGCUGCUACAGCUGGCCAAUAUGCUUAAUAUUAACAACAAGCUUGCCGCCUGUUUAGAUGUAGCUAAAAAAUACGAGUGGCUACUGGACUCUUAUGUGUUGGACUUUUAUGUUGAUGACCAUUGGAGCAAGCUGCCUCAAAGCUGGCGACAUCAUUUGGAAGAUUUACCUGUAAAACAGCUGAGUGACCUAUUGCAGCACAGAGAGACCGUUGUGACCGCACGUGUUUCAUGGCCCUUAGAGUUGUUGGCACUGCGACAAGUGUUGCGGUCGCUAUGCAUCAAAAGAAGUCCAAAUAAGCUGAUCGAUGUUGCACUGCCAUCUUGUCCACUGCUGGAGCACCGUAAGCUAAAGCACAUGUUCAUGAAGUGUGUGAAGCCGAAAAAAGCACAUGAAAUCAAAAGAAUGGCCGCAAUUUGUGCGAGGAGCUGCCAACAGACUUCGACUAUGUUUGUCAUAGACUUUGGAGCCGGCGUAGGACACUUAGCCCGCGUUUUGGGCUAUGGCUAUGGCAUCAAUGUGUGUUGCCUUGAAAUGCAGACAGCUCUCAAUGAGCAAGCACUAGCAAUCGAUGCCAAGCUGGAGAGCGUGGCUACAAAGCACUUGGACGCCAGCGAAACAACCCACUUUAAACGACCGGCGCAUCUCACUCAACGUCUGAGCAACGAUACAACGCCAGAACACUUCAUUGAGAGCAUACGACAGGCAUUCCAAUUGUCCGACACUGAUUUUUCAUUUGGGAUAAUUGGGUUGCAUCCGUGUGGUGACCUGAGCGCCACGCUAAUGCGUAUGUUUCUAAGUUGUAAGCAAGCGAAGUUCUUAAAUUUUGUGGGCUGCUGUUAUCAGAAGAUGAGCACACAAUCAACGCAGCCACAAAUGAAGCUGCAUGGCUAUCCGCUUAGCUCACAGCUGCAAAUCGCUGACAACGCUCAGCUCAGUUACGAGGCGCGCGAAAUUGCUUGCCAUGCUAUGGAGUCGUACUACGACCGCCUUCAAGUAGGAGACUAUGAAUAUCUAAAGAUACACUCAUUACGAGCGGCAGCUGAACGCAUUAUUGUCCAGCAUUUGCCUGACCUAAGGCAUUCGGCGUUGCGCAAUGUAAAACAUGCGCCUGGCAUGAGCUUCAACGACUACUUUCAAAAGGCUACUGAGGGCACCCAGUUUGCCUUGAUUCAGGCAGGGAGUUCUGAUCAGAUCGAGGCAGAUCUGUUGCACUGGCGUCGCAUCGUCUGUUUCUAUACGCUACGGCUUAUGCUGGCACCGCUAGUGGAAAGCAUUAUUCUGUACGAUCGCGAAUUGUUUCUUCUAGAGAAUGGUAUUUAUUUUUGUUAUUUAUUCUGUUGCGAUUUGUUUGCCAAUAUUCUGUGUUUACUUUCAAGGCUGUCAAGUGACCAUCGAAUCAAUUUUCGAUCCUCGCAUUUCACCAAGAAAUCAUAUCACCAGCGCCAUAAAGAGCUGACGUGGCGAAAAGUGGCGAUUGAGGCUCAUCUAAAAGUAUAAACAUUUGAUACAAAUAUAAGACUAAGAAAAGCAAUUGAUAUUUAUUUUGAAACGUAUACUAAACCAAGUGGUUACUUCACUGAAAAAAGGUAAAAACAGUGAAGCAAACCGAUUCUGGGCUUUAUUCUUUCGUACA